AUGCAAGCUUAUCCGAACGCUUACCCAGUCGCUGGCGCUCAGCCUGUUCGUUAUAUGGUGCCAGGUAAUUAUGGGCAACCGUAUCCACCAUUUGUCAAUCGAUCAUACGACCGCUUCGCUCUCAUGCCAGCUGGGUAUCGUGCACCAGCAGUACAACGUCCUGCAUAUUAUCCACCUACCUAUGGACCAGGGUAUGGACAAGGUGCAGGCGCGAAUCAACCAGCUGGAAAUCAACCGGCUGGAAAUCAACCUGCUCAAACUCAACAUGCACCAACAGUUACAGCACCUAAACCUACGGUGCAAGCACAGAGACCAUCACAAGGAGGUUUAUUCAACCCUAAUCGAGGAAAGAAGAAUUCUAUUUCAUCAGCAACUGGAUCGAAAACACCAGGUUUGAAAAAAGGUGCCAAGGAAUUCAAAGACACUGCAUUCACCAUCGAACCUGACGGAUCGAAGAAUGAAGCUAUUCGUGGUCUUGUCUCCAAUGACGAUAUCAACAAUCUAUUGAAACACAAAGGUACAAAAGUGAAAGUAUCGAAGAUUUAUCGCAUAACGAAAACGAAACCCGAAGAACUUUCGGAAAGUGAAGAUGAAGCUCCACCUCCUCCUCCUCCGAAAGCCAAAGCUCAACGUCCACGCUCUCCAUCAGAAGAUAGUUACUGUUCACUAUGUGCAGCUGAGCAAUCGCAUGUUGAUGAUGAUUGUCCUGAGUGUCGUGCGCUAAGAGAGCAAGUUCAUGUCUAUGACGAUUGCCCCGAAUGUCGAGCGCAAAGACAACAAGUCCACAUCUAUGACGAUUGUCCUCUGUGCCGUGCGGAACAAGAACGUGAAGCAGCUCGACGACAGUCACUAAAAUAA